AGCCCACCGUGCAGGUAAGAAGAGCGAUUCUCUCUGCAGUCCGAGUAGCUGUGUGUGUGUUGGAGGUUCGCGGAUGUUUUUUUCUCCUGUACAGCACAAUACUAUUAUUGGUGCACAUAUUACACAUUAUGUUCAGUUAGCUACGAGCAUUAUUAUUCAUUUAAAGUGGGGGCAGCUGGCUGGUGUGACGAAAAAGUUUGCAGGAGCAGCAGGUUCGAAUCCCACCCUCAGGCUCAGCUGUAGAACCCUGAGUCAGCCUGAGGUACUUACUCUAAAAUUGCUCCAGUAAAACUAACCCCAGCUGUAAAAACCAACGGGUGAGUUAAUUCUAAGUAACUUAACAUUCAAGUGGCUUUGAGAAAAGUGUCAGUUCAGUGUAAACGUAGAGUUGAGGACGUCCGUGUGUCGCGUCGCUGCGGCUGCUGCUUUUUUUUUCACGCAGAAAGGAAGGAAGGAAGGUGUGAGACCCCCUGCGCUGUCGGAACGCUGACUGGCUAAACCGAACAGCCCAGUCCAAGAAGGGGAAAUGUUUGCUGUGAUUCUUUUGAUCUCCUUACAUGGUGUAUUGUCAACCUGCGCCAGUGAUGGAACACUUGGUCAGCUUUGGGUUCGCCUGCCUGAGUUUCAACUUUGCUGUGACCUUGCACCUUCCCAAGUGCACGGGGAAAGGGAAGGACAUACUGGGAGCUGCUGCAUGACAGAUAGUAACAACCAAGUAAUGUGGACCCCUCCCCCUGCCCAGUGCCAUCUUAGUGCCCACAUAAUCGUACAGAUACUCCCCAGCAAAACCCCGAGCCAUGAAGAUAUUUGUUUAGAUGUGUUUUGCUGGGUCGCGGAGACUCUGGGGCAGUUGGACUGUAACCUCAGACAAAGUGGCAGACAUUUGGAUGCUCAGGCAGUCAUUGCUGCGAACUGGACCUGUCUAGACAACAUGACAGGUGACGAGGAUGACAGAACUGUGGAGGAAACCUGCCAGGGGGAUGAAGCCAUCAAGUGCUCCAUGCCUCUGUACACGGAUAACCAAAUGAUCUUGGUUACCUUGGCUGUUUCCAGUGGCCGCAGGUCUGCGGUCUCCCCAGUCAUAGUGUUUAUCCCACAGCACCUCGUGGAGCUGGACCCCCCAGUUAACCUUCAGUACAACAUGACUACUGAGGGAGAACUGUUACUCAGCUGGACUGAUCCACACCCUACCACCUACCCUCUGACCUAUGACCUCCGCUACUCCUUUAACUCCACAUUGAGCUCCUGGAUGCAUUUAGAUGGUGUGACAGCACAACCAGUCUCUAUGAGAAGUUUGGCUGUUGGCACCCACUAUCUGGUUCAGGUUCGAAGGAAGAUCCGGGACAGGCCCAGCCCAUGGAGUGACUGGAGUCAAGCUCUCCCUAUUUACCUUCACGAGGUCACUUACCUACCAGAAACGAUGUUGACCAGCGCAGGCUCCAAUGUGACUGUUUACUGUGUGAUCAACAACCGCAGCCUGAGUGCCAGGAACGUGGUAUGGUGGCUGGAUGCACAGGAGAGAGUUCCGGAAAGCCAGUACUCUGUCAUCAGUGAACAUGUUAGCAGUGUCACCCUGCUGAAUGUAAGGCCUGUGAAGGAGCACCGCUUCCGUCUCCUGCAGUGCUGCCAAUGGAAGGGCAACACAUCUGUGUGCAGUUACAGCUACGCAGCCCUGUACAUCAAGGAAAUCAAUGUAGCUGUGUCCUGUGAGACCAAUGGAGACCUCACUGCCAUGACUUGUAGGUGGAACACCACAAAGUGGGUUAAGUUCCUGUAUCGCAUCAGGGACCUACCUUGUGACGUGGAAGGGGUGGAGGUAGGCCUGUCUCCAGCCAAGGAGUGUCCGACGGCAGGUCAAGGCUUCAUGAGAUGCACCCUCCAGCCCGUUCUUCCAGUAGCCUGCUACAGGAUAUGGCUGGAGUUUGGGAAGGAAGGCAGCCCAGUCAAGUCCCUAUCCAUCUGGAUCACCCCAAUGGAAUGGGUGAAGCCCUACCCACCAUAUGACCUGCUGGCGAUCACUGUGCCCGAGGGAUUCCUGAUAAUGCAGUGGAAGCGCCAUGAGCUGCCAGUCUAUGAGCUCCAGUUUGAGGUCCGCUACACAGUGGACAGGCCUGAUGCACGGUGGAAGGUUUUAGGUCUCCUGCUCAAUCAGUCAGUGGUGACUCCAGUCUUGGAACCCUGCUCUGUCUAUGUUGUCCGCGUACGCUGCAUGCGUUAUGGUGGUCCUGGAAUCUGGAGUGAUUGGAGCGACCCCUAUCGCACCCAAGUUCAUAAUUCUAAAGGUUCAGAAACCAGUACAGAGAGUCUGGCAUUGGAAUUAUCUUCUGUAAGCUAUUGGUUGUCCAUUUGCACACUUCAUUGUGUCAGACUUUUCAGGCGAACUGGAAAACACAAAGUUUUACCCUUUGUGAACUACUGCAGGGUUCUGGGAACUAAUGGUAAUGCAGGAUCUCUGUUUUCAGCUCCUGAAAUAGGACCUGAUUUCUGGAGAUUUUUUCAGAAGGACCCUUCAAAGAAUGAAACCAAUGUCACCCUUCUCUUUGCGCAUUUGAAGGAAGAUAAUCUGUCCUGCUGUGUUGAGGGCUUUACCAUCCAACACCACGCUUCCAAAGGGCUGGUGUGGUUCGAGAAGCUUAGCCUGGUCUCCAGUCACACCUUCCUGUGGACUGGGGAGGUCCACACCAUCACAGCCACAGCCUGGAACUCCCAGGGCUCCUCCACAAAAAACCACAACAUGACAUUGAUCUGGCCCACCAGGAGAGCAAAAUUGGUCUCCUUUUUCAACGCAGUUAGGAUAAAUGGCAGCUGCUUCUCUCUCACCUGGACCCUAAUCCACAACCGUUCAGACCUCCUGUCAUUUGUUGUUGAGUGGAGGGAUCAGAGCACAGGGGAUGGUAUCAAGUGGGCUCGAAUCCCUGCCCAUAGCCACACCUUCUACCUGCAUGAUUCUUUUUUUUCUUCAGAGGAAUAUUCUUUUACCAUGUAUCCAAUAUUUGCGGAUGGUGAAGGUGAGCCGGCCUACACGAAAGAAAACAGGGGGCACCCCAGAGGACAACACACAGCCUAUGUGCUCCUGCUCAUUGUUGCCUUCCUCUCCGUUACCUUGUUCCUGAUACUGGUAGUCUCCCAGCAACAGAUGAUGAAGUUAGUGUGGCGGGACGUCCCUGACCCUAACAACUGCUCCUGGGCCCAGGGUGUGGACUUUAACAAGGCUGAGAGUCUGGAGAAUCUCUUCAGACACCGUGAGAAGUUGACAUCCUGUCCGCUCCUCCUUGAGCUGGAUACCAUCUCAGAGGCGGUGAUUGUGGAGAGGACCAAGUCUCCAGCUUCAGGCGGAGAGAGGGAUAGAGCACUGGGGUGGGCAGGCAAAAGUGAGAAAACCCCCCGUCUCCAGCACUGUGGAAAUUUCAGUGGGAUUGGGGCAGCAUCCGCAAUCUGUGCCUCCAUGGAGAGCCUUAACCAGUCCAGGGUGGCGUACGGCUCAGUGCUCUCUCCUCAGGAGCCCAGUUGUCGCUGCGGGCAGGACAGUGGCCUCAGUGGCUCGUUGGACGAAGGCAACUUUUCUGUCAACUCGGACAUGUCCAGCUCCUCUCUGGGGGUGCCGUGGGGGCUGGACAGCAUCCCAUCUCACCAGUGCUCCUGUUCCUUUGACUCAACAGAGGAAUUCUCAGAAUCCUCAGACCAAGAAGACGAAUCUCUUGAGGGCUCAGCUUUUGGGGUAGAGCUAGCCCUAGAGGACCACCAAGGGGGGACCUGUCAGAGACAGGCUGUGAUGGUGCGCUGCAAAGAAAGGUGUGAGAGGAGCCCGCUGGAAUCCGUCCCUUUACUUAGCUGUGAGGGUUCUAGGUCCAGCGCAAGAGGAGCAUCAGCAAACACCAUUUCUGUGUACAUGCCUCAGUUCCAGACACUUUCCAGUAAGCUUCCAAGAGCACAAGACAGUUUUCCCCAGGUUUGAACUCGAAAAUGACGUCCACCUGGAAGUGAAUGUGCUCCUGCUUCAUGUAUAACAUCAUAUACACUCAGUAACAGUACAGUGGUAACCUGCAGUUCUGUGGACCCUAUCGAAGUAUAAAACAGUGAUCAAGAACCCCCCAGCAGACUGUCCGGUAGGCCGCCAUAAAGGCCGUAGUCUGGCCCCGAAAGAUGGACCCACAUUAAGCAGUGAUUGAAUUCUCUUUGGCGUUAUUUGCUAAAAUGAUUUUGAGCUGUCUUGCAAAUUUGCAUCACCUCUUAUCUGCUUUUUAUAAAGGCUUGCGCAUCCUAGAAAAAAAAUGUAUAUUUUUAUUCUACCUUUCCAUAUUUAAUACGUGAAAAUGUGCUGUAAAUUUUUUUAUGCGCAAUGUAUUUUAAAUCAGUGAAAGAUCUCAAGCUGUGUGUAUUGAUAAAGACUAAUGUCAGACUUCUGCAGACAUGCUUGUGGUAAAAACAUUGCAAAGAGGUUAUUUUCUGGUUAAAAAAAGUAAACACUUUGCAGCACUGUGGGUGGAUGUACUUGAGGGUUUCAGGGAAAGGGAGAUGACAUGACUGUGAACGGCACUGUUUUCACUUCAGUUCCCUGGGACUUGUGGACCAGGAGAGAUCGUUUAUCUGGAUUCUUCCCAGUGCAAGUGUUGCAGUCAUAGUGAAGGUCAGGGAAGAUCUCACAUAAAGCAAACUUCCCUAGGGUUGUAAAUAAAGACGCUACAUAGUAAACAAAUCUCCGUCAUCGGCUGUGUCUGCUGAGCAGGAGUUGUGUGGGGGACUUUGUAAGAGAUCUAUGAGUCACUCCGACACAAAACGUUUGCAUCCUUGACAGAAAACAUCAGACUAAAGGCUCUCCCAUGAGAGACUGGAAAUGUUGAAUGAAAUGGACGGAAAAUGUGUCCAACUUUAGGUAGUGCUGAACAUUGUGUGAAAGCAAGGUGUGGCAAUACACAGAGGAGACAAAGUAUACUGUGGUAACUUUCCCAUCAAUGGCUGCCAAUCUUUAAUAGAACUGUUUACAGUCUAAACUAAAACUCAGCUCUGUUAUAAUGUACCUAAAAUG